CUCUCUCUCUCUCUCUCUAAAUUAUUCAAUCUCAAUUCCAUUCUCAGUUCUCGGCUCUCGCUAUAUCUUGCUAACGUUCACUCUCUCGCGGCCGCCAACGAUGCCGUAUUGCGACGUCGGAACGAAUCAAGCGACCGCCGACGACCGCCUAAACAAUGAGAUUAAGAUAUUUUAUAGAACUUACGGCCAUGGACCUACUAAAGUUCUCCUCAUCAUAGGAUUGGCCGGGACACAUGACUCGUGGGGCCCUCAAAUCAAGGGGCUGACGGGUACCGUCUUGCCCAACGAGGAUGACUCCGGCGACUCCGAUUGGAAUUCAGCUGAUCAGCGGUGCGGAGAUGACAAUGAGAGUGGUGGUCGUAUCGAGGUUUGCGCAUUUGAUAACCGUGGUAUGGGUCGGAGCUCCGUACCUACCAAAAAGUCCGCCUAUACAACAAAGAUCAUGGCAAAGGAUGCAGUUGCUUUAUUGGAUCAUUUGGGAUGGAGGAAAGCCCAUGUUUUUGGGCAUUCAAUGGGAGCUAUGAUAGCAUGCAAGCUAGCAGCGAUGGUGCCUGAUAGAGUUCUCUCGUUAGCAUUGCUCAAUGUAACGGGGGGAGGUUUUGAAUGCUUUCCAAAGUUUAAUCGACAAACAUUCUCCAUUGCUUACCGUUUCUUAAAAGCAAAGACUCCUGAACUUAGAGCUGCUGUUGACUUGGAUACCCACUACUCACAGGAAUACCUUGAGGAAUAUGUUGGAACAGAAAAGAGGAGAACGAUCUUAUAUCAGCGGGAUCUCUUUCAGCAAUACGUGAAAGGUAUAUCAGCUACUGGGAUGCAAUCAAAUUAUGGUUUUGAGGGCCAGGUCAAUGCCUGCUGGAGACAUCAAAUGACUCGAUCUGAGAUUGAAUCGAUAAAAUCUGCGGGUUUUCUUGUUUCAGUCAUACAUGGCAGGUUUGAUGUAAUUGCUCAGAUAUACUAUGCAAGAAGAUUAGCAGAGAGGCUGUACCCAAUGGCUAGAAUGGUAGACCUGUUUGGAGGUCAUUUAGUAAGUCAUGAGAGAACCGAAGAGGUCAAUCAGGCACUUCUUGACUUGAUCAAGGCAUCAGAAGUAAAGAUGAGACCAGAAGGCUGGACUAAUUUGCCUAAGAAAACUGCUUGGUGGACAGAGAGAAGGACGUUAGUUUUUAGUCCAAAUAUUCAGGGUGGAAGCGUCUCCUUAAAGUGCUUCGUCUUAGAAAAACUGCAUCUCUUUCUUAUAUUUCUCGUUGGUCUGCUCCUUUUGGUAUUUGAGUAUGGAAAAAAACUUCUAAAAAGUGUCGUAAAGCCAGUUCGAGUUGCAAGCCCCCCCUCCUAUGUUGAGGGUCAAUAACCCGUUCCUUUUUAUUCUGACGGGUAAUUAAUCCAACAUCAGUCAUCCCCAUAAGACAUCGCAGAUUAAUAUACAUGUAACCAGCAAAAAGAAGGCUCGUGUAAUGCAGCGAUGUCGUUUUCCAAGUUUUAUUAGAGGGGAAAAAAGGAAGGUUUUCUGAAGUUUCAAUGGCCAGGGUUAGAGGGAAUCCUUCCAGGAUGACACUAACAUAUUCUUUCAUUUGUUACAUGGCUAGUUCCUUCGGCUCUGUAUGCAGAUGAGGUGAAAAACAAGACUGGAUGACCUACUUUCUCUUCGUACAAUACUUGCAUAAUACAACAAAACAUGUCUGAGUGUCUCGAAA